UAGGGGUUUGCCCUUGUGAUGCCUUGAAAUAAGAAACGUCAGAUCAAUUCCUAACUUAUUCCCUGCGCUCUCGAUAGCGUUCGAAAAAAAGAAACCAAAAACCCAUUGUCGUUGUAGGCGGCAUAUAGGUGCAAGAGCCAAGAUCCCACAACCACGCCUACGCGAGACGAGCUGAGACGAGCCGAGGCGAGCAUGUGGCCGAGCAGCAAUGUUUCUAGCCUCCAAAAAACAUACGAUGAGGCUUAUCUAAAAUGUUCAACUGCUGUUUAUUAUGAGAGCCAGGGCGACGAGAAAGAGGCGAUGCUGUGUUGGAAGAACGCUCUCGAUCAGAUCCGCCAAACCCCUACGAACAAGAGACAGGGCACCUAUUCACCAAAAUCUGAGACCGAACGGGCCUUAUUAGAGAGUUUAAGGGAGUUAGAGGUACAAUGCAAAGAGAGGAUUGAUCUCCUGGAAGCUCUUAGGAUAUCUCGAGAGGAGGAUCCGUCGUUCCAAUUUACCCAGUCAAGCGUAGGGACCGAAGCCAGUGCGGACGGCCGCACAAACCCAAAUACGCCAGAAAGAGGUUGGAUUGGUGAUGGAACAAUACCUGCCAUAACAUAUACCGAGUUAUCCAAACCACCGCUCCCUAAACGGCCAUCCUUUCCCUCUAGAAGUUCAUCGGAGCAGGCAAUAUCGGGACUCCGCAGUGCAAUGAUGGAACAGGAUCCGUCAUCAGCGACAAAGCCACCAUCGCUUCCUCCAUAUGGCGCAUCUGUCCCGAGAAGAAGAUCCUCAAGGUCGCCCAGCCCUGAGAAGGAAAAGCACACCAUGAGGACGACGUUACGGUCAGGUAAACAAGAUAAAUCCUCAAAAGCGCACCGGCACACACCAGCCAAGAUAAGCAAAGGCCCAGGAGCCAGCAAGGCUGCGACGUUGGCUUGGAGUAGUCUCGAAAGGGGAACCUCUACAGAGGUAACUAACUCGCCAUCUAGAUACUCUGAACCGCGGCGAUCCUACGAGCAGGUGCGAAAGAGUUCCUCGUCAACCCCUAGGCAUUGGGAUAGUCACACAAGACGACUAGUAAUUCCUCCGGACGCCUCUACUUCAGCUGUCCGCUCAAGUCCUGAGCCUUCCAUGCGAAAUUCGGCUGAUUACUCAUCACCUACACCAUCAUCCCUCGCCCUUGGUGCUGCAUCGAGUGCCCUAGGCGCGCUGGCCAUCCAAGAACGAGACGAGAUUAAUCCUACAGCAAUCCGGAUAGAACGAAGGUCAACUCCUAGGAAAGCGACUGGUUCAAGUUUCGAUGAACCGAACAGCACAACUGCCCGAAGUCCAGGAUCUCUCGAGGCCGCCCUUAGGACAAACUCUAAGGAAGCUUCAGCCAGGAGGAAACCCGUGGAUCGCAAUAGAGCAUUCGAGCCUAACAGCGCUAGGAAGCGGGUGGGUCAGCAGGCCUCUGAUCAUGACGGAAGAGACGAAAUAUCAUCUAGCGAUGAGCAGGUUAGAGCCGGCUCUUCUAGCCGAAAACUUAAAGGCAAGCAGAAGGAGACAGUCGUGACGUCUGACGCAGAGGACCGAUCCUCAGCAGACUCGGUUAACGAAGAGGGGAAAAGAGCGAAAAAUGAAUGGGAAAGCAGGAAAAAGGCGAUAUUGAAGAAUUUACCGCCGGGCAUUGAUGAGGGGGCUGCAAAGGCAAUAUUCAACGAAAUCGUGGUGCAUGGUGAUGAAGUCCACUGGACUGAUGUUGCUGGUUUGGAGAUUGCGAAAAACGCAUUAAGGGAGGCGGUGGUAUAUCCUUUCCUACGGCCAGACUUAUUCAUGGGCCUGCGUGAACCAGCUAGGGGUAUGCUGCUCUUUGGACCUCCCGGGACGGGAAAGACGAUGCUGGCUCGUGCUGUCGCAACAGAGUCGAAAUCCACAUUUUUUUCAAUCUCAGCGAGUAGCCUAACCAGCAAAUAUCUCGGGGAAUCCGAGAAGCUGGUGCGUGCAUUGUUUGCUUUGGCAAAGGUGAUGGCACCGAGUAUUAUAUUCGUUGACGAGAUAGAUUCGCUUCUCUCUCAACGUACUGGGUCUGGAGAGCACGAAGCUACUAGGAGAAUCAAGACCGAAUUCCUCAUCCAAUGGAGCGACCUGCAACGGGCCGCAGCAGGCCGCGAAAGCAACAAUGGGUCGAAUAAAGAGCGAGGCGACCCGAAUCGGGUGCUUGUGCUAGCAGCCACCAAUUUACCAUGGGCGAUCGACGAAGCAGCAAGGCGGAGGUUUGUAAGACGGCAGUAUAUUCCCCUACCUGAGGCGGAAACCAGAGCUACUCAAUUGAAGACACUACUCGGCCAGCAGAAGCAUAGUCUCACGGACACCGAUAUCACAGAGUUGGUGGACCUUACAGAUGGCUUCUCAGGCUCGGACAUCACUGCAUUAGCCAAAGAUGCAGCGAUGGGGCCCCUUCGCGCAUUAGGUGAGGCUCUUCUCCAUAUGACGAUGGAUCAAAUUCGGCCCAUCGAACUCGUAGACUUCAAGGCUAGUCUUAAGACAAUCCGACCUUCCGUUAGCAAGGAAGGGUUAAAAGAAUACGAAGACUGGGCGAGGAGAUUUGGGGAGCGUGGUGGUUGAAAUCAUUCCACGGUUGGAUUGGCCUGGUAGAAUUGGGGUUUGCCAGGUGAUAAACUUAGGCCAAACAUUGGUGGCGCUCGAGGGAUUAGGAACGAGGGGUUGGCAUACGAUGCCCAUGGUCAGAUAUCCCGUUCAAUAUGAGUUAUGUCGACGUAUUGCCCUCCAAAUAGCUAGGG